AGAAAAUACGUUUUUUUCUAUUGAUUUGUAAUUAUUGUUUUCUUAUUUUCUUCUCAAUUAUAACUAUACUUAUUGCAUAAUCUAUAUUUUUAGACUACAGUCAGUUGUAAAUUCCACGUACACAAAAUGGGCAACCACAUGUCAUUUACAGUGACGGAAAGUGAGUUGCAACGCCAAAAAAUCGCCAAGACAAUGAGCUUAUCUCUAGAUCCGCGAGGCAAAUCAGACGCAAUAAUGAUGACAGUAUUUAUGGCUACAUACUUUAUCAAUCUACUAGUGGCCCUCUUCUUACUGUGGAACAGAAAAUACCCACCGCUAAAGUCAAAGGGGCCAAUACUCAUGACCUUAAUGAUGGUAGUAUCUGUGGUCUGGUUUGUCGGCGAUCUCCAAGGCAAUGGGCACCUGCCUUUGGCAAACACGCCACUGACUAACUGCAAAGCGUUUGGAUUCUGGAUGCGAAUUCUAAUGGGCGCGUGCACCAUCUGUGCAUUGACAGCAUUCAGGGCGUAUGGACUGUACCGUGUUUUUUCCUGAAUCUUCCCUACCACACCGUCGGACUCUACCUGCCGUUUGUCAUCUAUUACACGAUCAUGCUUGUUUACGGAAUUGCUGCGCAGGUACUGAAAUCUUCUUUAACUAUAGAGUACUCUGCGUCUCUCGACAUCUGCAAUUAUACCCGGCUAUUCAAGACGUCACUAUUUGUGUUCAUGUGGCUGAGCUGGGUUGCUAUGAUGGGGGUAUUCUGGAAAAUUCGUAAUAUCAAGAGUUCGUUCAACGAGGGUCGCGAAAUGAUGGUAACAUGUGGAAUCAUAUUU